AUGAAAAUCCCAUUCCUCAACAAACUCAGCGGUGGAGGGACAGGGACCAAGUCCCCGCCACUGACGGACUUGUCGGGACAGUCAGCGAUGAUAGAUCGCGAGAAAAGAGGCAGCAACAUGGACGAGUCGCGUGUGCCAUGGGUGACAUGGAGGUCGGUGUUGCUAGGCGGCUUUGUCUCGAUUGGUGGUGUCAUUUUCGGAUAUGAUACUGGUCAGAUCUCGGGCUUUUUGGAGAUGCGGAACUUCAAGCAGCGGUUUGCGCAGCUGAAGCCCGAUGGGACGUAUACGUUUAACAAUGUCCGGUCUGGAUUGAUUGUUUCCAUGCUUUCCAUCGGUACCUUGAUAGGAGCUCUCCUCGCCGGGCCAUUGACCGAUCGAAUUGGCCGAAAAUGGUCCAUCUUCUUCUGGUGUAUCAUCCUCCAUAUCGGACUGAUCAUCCAGAUCUCCUCACCAGCAGGAAAAUGGUACCAGUUCAUGAUGGGACGAUUCGUAACCGGAUUCGGCGUGGGAGCCUGCUCACUGCUGGUGCCCAUGUACCAGGGCUCGUACCAAUUAUUCGUAACGCUGGGCAUCUUCGUCGCUUACUGCAUCAACUUCGGCACGGAGAGCAUGGACAGCUCCGCCUCUUGGAGAAUCCCACUCGGGAUCACAUUCCUAUGGGGUCUGGUCCUUGGUCUCGGCAUCCUCUUCUUCCCGGAGAGUCCUCGAUUCGAUUACCGCAAUGGCCGUGUGGACCGUGCCCGACGCACCAUGUCGAAGCUGUAUGGUGUACCCGAGAACCAUCGGGUCAUCGUGCAUGAGAUUGCCGAGAUCCAGGAACAGCUGGAUGCCGAGCAGGGGGCACGAGGCGGGAUCCGCGGGUGGCUUGAGAUGUUCAAGGGGCCACGCAUGGCGUACCGCAUCAUACUUGGUAUUGUGCUCCAAGCUCUGCAGCAGCUGACCGGUGCCAACUACUUCUUCUACUACGGAACGGUUAUCUUCAACGGAGCAGGAAUCGACAACACAUUCGUGACGCAGAUGAUCCUGGGCGGAGUGAACUUCGGCACGACAUUCGGCGGCCUAUACGUGAUCGAGCACUUCGGACGACGCAAGUCCCUCAUCACAGGUGGGAUCUGGAUGUUCAUCUGCUUUAUGGUAUUUGCGUCUGUGGGCCACUUCUCGCUUGAUGUUAAUACGCCGCGUAACACACCUGGAGCGGGUAAAGCGAUGGUUGUGUUUGCUUGUCUGUUCAUCACUGGGUUUGCUAUGACGUGGGGGCCGAUGGUGUGGGCUAUUGUGGCCGAGCUGUAUCCAUCACGGUACCGAGCGCGAGCGAUGGCGAUGGCGACUGCGUCGAACUGGCUGUGGAAUUUCCUGAUUGGAUUCUUCACGCCGUUUAUCACUGGCGAUAUUGACUUUGCAUAUGGAUAUGUGUUUGCCGGGUGCCUGUUUUUCGCGGUCAUUAUAGUUUACUUCUUUGUCAUCGAGGGCAAGGAUAAGACGCUUGAGGAGAUGGAUAUGAUGUAUGUGAUGCGUGUGCCACCGUGGAAGAGCAGCAAGUGGCAGCCGCCGGAGCCGGAGAAUCGGCUCACGACCGAUCAGCUUGUGGAUCGGAAGGUUGCGAAGAAGUAUAACAAGGAAGAUGAGGGUGGGGAGAGCAAGAAGCAGACGGAGGGGAUGCCUGGGCAUUCACAUGCUGAGACUGCUGAGGAAGCGGAUAAUCCUGGGACCGGACCUUCGCACUUCUCUUAA